UAAAAAAAAAGUCAAAUCAACCAAAACGUUCAGGACCCCCAUGCAGUACUUCUGUGGGCCCCCUAGGGGUGGCGGACCCCCUGUUGAAGACCUGUGCAGUAAAGUAUAGAAGAUAUUAGGGAAAUUGUUACAGGCUCAGGAAAAACAUUUAAAAACAGCAUGUUUUAGGUGUUCAGAUUUAUUAUCCUUUAAAAAUCAUUAUUCAGUUGUCGGAGAGCGUAUUACUCCUGAAGAUUUGAUCAGCCAUACAAUAAAAUAUAAGAAGAUACGAUGUAUUUUCAAGAUCCCUAUGUCUUCUUUUCUUUCAGAUGAAUAUAUGGAAAAAUUUUUGGAAGUGAAUAACGAAAAAGCACAGACUGAAUCUUUUCCUUAUGACUUCACAGUCUGUAUUUCUACCAUGUUUGAUUUCACCAAUGUGCUUCAGCUGGUGCAGAGUUUCGAAAUGCUUCAGUUACUUGGAGUGAACAAAGUUUUUGUCUACAAAACCAACUGCAGCGAAGAAACACAACGUGUUCUGGACUAUUACUCAAGCAAAAAAGGCUUUGUGGAGGUGAUUCCUUGGUCCAUGUCGAGGUUUCUAAAUGUUUCUCGAGGAUGGCUGCCUGAGCAUGGUCCUGGUGACCUCCACUAUUUUGGUCAGAUCCCUGCUCUCAACGACUGCCUCUUCAGGAACAUGUACAAAUCCAAAUAUUUGGCAUUGCAUGACAUUGACGAGCUCAUACUGCCACAGACGGUCAAAAGCUGGACGGAGCUACUGCCUCUGCUGGAGAAGAAGUACAGCCCGAAUAAGUGUUACAUGUUUGAAAAUAACGUGUUCCCCAACAAUGUCUCGCUACCGUCACCAAAGGAACAAAACCUACCUAAAAUGGACCACUGGAAAGGAGUUCCUGGAGUGAACAUCCUGGCUCAUCUGCACCAGGAGCCCAUCACUAAAGAGACGCAAUAUAUCAAAUUUAAGAUCAUCGUAAACCCUCGAGAUAUUUAUUCGGUAUCGGUUCACGGCGUGCUGAAAUCAGACCAUGGCUGCAGCUGGGUGGACAGGAACAUGGCACGGAUGUACCACACAAGAGAUCAAAUGCAACCCUUGCUGACUUCAGAUAAGAUGAUCUAUGAUGGCAGAUUGCUGAGCUACAGCGCCCCCCUCAGUCUGGCUGUUGAUACUGCACUUCAAGAAAGUGGCCUCUCUAAGGAGAGCAAAAACUUGAACUAGGACCUUCUUGGUAACACAUCAGAGUGAAAACUUUUUUGCAAGUUUUCUGGUACUUUUAUGGUAGGAUUUAUUUCUGUUAUAAGUUUUGUAAACUUUUACAAAAGUUUGCUUUUGUGUUGCUAGAAAAAUAUUUUUUUAAGGAUGCUUUAACAUAAGAGAAAGUAUGUAUUUAAUAUUAUAAUAUAAUAUUAAUUUAAAAAAAUCUUAAGAAAAUGUGAACUAUAAAAAAGAAUAUGAAAAAUAAAACAUGUUUCGGUUAAUAGUUUUGGUUGAUUGGAACAGAUCUAAAUAGCAGAGAGAGUUGCACUGAAAGUGUAGAGAGAGCUUACUGUAUAAUAAUCCGACGGCUGCUUAAAGUCCUCAAAUUAGAGUCCGAGUCAGUUUUAUGGUAGCUGCUCAGGUUAGAUUUCACUGGAGUGAAAAAUGUUUACAGAUCUUCCUAAAUCAAAGGUUUAUAUUUAAAAAAAAAUGUUUUUUGCUCAAAAACAAGCAAGGUUUGAUGAAAUGCAGUUUUUGUUAUGCAGUUUAAAAGGUUUUUGUUCAACAGGUGCCAUUUUUUUCUUUUCUUAUUAUUAUUUUUUUUGUCUUUUUAAAAGGUUUCAUCACCUAAGAGUCCAUACAUGUUCUUGCUUCUGACUCAGGGUUCUGGUUUCCCCAGUUUUUGCUUUUUUCUUGCAAGAAAUGCCUCUGUCUCAGCUCCCUAACUCAACACAACUAAAUUAUUAGAUAUAUUAUCGUCUAGUUUUUGUAACUUUGAUAAUUACUAUUAAACAUGAAGUUAAUCCAUAUCAGAAAAUCAACAGAUGCAUAAAUUAGAUUUAUUAUUGUAUAAUGUUUUUGUUAUUGUUUCCAGAUAUAGUCAGGGGAAUGAAAGAAUAAAUUAAUGUUUAUAAUCACAUGUUUGAAUUUAAUGCUAAUUAAUUUUAAAUAUUGAGCUGUGGGAAAAUAAAUGAUUGACUGAUUGAAUGUAUAAAUGAAUCACGCACAUGGAUAUAAAUAAAAACAACUGAAU